AUGGCCUCCCUUCCCCAGAUCCCUGCUUUGGACGACACCUUCGGCGCCUUGGUCGUUGACACCUUCCUUGACCUUAUCCUGUACGGGAUCUCGCUCAAUCAGAUAUACGCAUACUUCGACUCCUAUGCGAGCGAAAAACUUGGUCUGAAGCUCCUAAAGAAACAGGUGGCAACGAUUCUUGUGCUCGAGACCUUGUACACGGUCACCACGGCCCACAUAUGCUACCACUACCUGGUCAUUAAUUACUUCAAUCCCGCGAAUCUCGUCGUCAGCGUUUGGCACAACAGGUCGCUCAACGUGAGCGUCUUCUACCGUCUGCAACCAAUAGUGAACAUCGCUCAUAAUCCGCACUGGUUAGGGCUUCUAUACAGGUAUGACUCCGGUGGUCGUGCAGAUUUCCGUAUGGGGUUGCUGAUGAACGCCCCAGCCGCCACCUAUAUCGCCUGGACGUCAGGAUCAUUCGCGAUUUUGACCGACAUUGAGUGGAUGCUCACAUGUGGUACCUCGUUAGCCUUGGCGGCCGAUACUAUCCUCGCGGGCAUGCUAGUGAAGGUGCUACGAGACAGCCGCACUGGUAUCACCAAGACUGACACGAUGCUGAACGUGAUCAUCAUGUACACCGUGAACACCGGCUUGCUGACCAGAUCUCCUCUCAUUCGGCCUCACAUCCGUCUCCGUAUUCAGGCGGUCAAGUACCCACACAACCUGUGGAACGCGAUAACCGGGUUCCCCAACAUCCGGCUCUACUCCAACUGUAUGCUCGCCGCCUUGAACGCGAGAAAGUCGCUCGCCGAGCGCGGGAUGGGUGUACACACGUUGAUCAGCGGCGCCCCGUCGCAGUUCCCGAUGUCCCUUCGUGGAAUCCCCUUUCUGAGGCGCAGUGUCGGGACGAAGACCGUCGACUCAAGCAUCGGGGCUCAGCAAGCGCAGUAUUCCGUGUUCGGAAACCGCUCCCUGCCGAAGGGCGGCGACGACGUCAGCCUCGAAGAGGGAGUCAGGACUCCGAGCCACCCGACGUUCAGUGUUGUGAAGUAUGAGAACUGA